CGCGGUGGAGGAGUGCGUUUGUGAAGGAGGCGGAGGCGGCGCUCGGGCGUUGCGAAAGGAGGUUUUUGAGACGAUGCGGGAGUGGAGGAAGGAGGCGCUGAGGAUGAUGAAUGAAGCGGGAGGUUUCUCGAGGUUCGCUUUGGAUGAUUCGCUACAAGAUUCGGCCCUGGUUUUGCUUGUCAAGUUGUUGUCGGGGGCCGCAGAGGUCGAUUUCUUUCAGCCAAAGUUGGUUAUAAACAAUAUCGAUAUUCUGCGAAAGGCAACCACAACAGACGAUUCAAUGGUGCCCGCUGCGAUGUACCAUGACAGUUUCAUUUGGAGAUUGAUAGCGCUUGGAGUGAAUGAAAGGUGCUUGCCUGUCAUUCUCUCAACCUCAGAUGGCUACUAUUCUUAUCAAGCGUUUGUUGAUUUUGGAUUCCCACAUGUUUUCCUUUCACGCGAGACAUUUGGCUGGACCGUUCAGGAAGCUAAGCUCCAUAUGGUCACCGAGUAUUUCAGUGAAACUGAGUGGAAAGUUAUUGAUGAGGUUCUUGGCACAAACCCACGACAUCUGUCCGAGCUGUAUGCCCUAAAGCAAAGCAGUAAUUAUCCAGAAAUGCUGCAGGACAGGAGUAGCUUUGAGGACAUAGUUGAUGCCUACUUGGCAUAUUUGCAAGUAACUGUGGUGAACCCUGCCAUUGAGUCUGCGCUAGCCAUCCUUCAGAAGUUCGCUGCUGAUGUGCAUAAUGGAAAAAUUCCAGAAAGUCGGUUGCAGUAUGGUGCCCCUUGGAGACAUCCUCCUAGCAAGGAUGAUCCUUCUGCAACCUUCAAAUGGGCAAAGAUCCAGCUGAUGGAUUUUGUCCAAUCUUUUGUCAAUACUGAAUUCGGGAUGAAUUAUCUUGCUGAUUAUAGCCUUGAAAUACUGGAUGAUCCUUCAGCAGUUGCCAUGAUGGAGGUUGGGUUAUUAUAUGUUCAGAGAGAUCCAUCUUUCAUUCGUCCAAUCACCCGAGGGAUUCAGAGGUGUCUUACCAGAUGGCUUGUUCAGGAAAGGAUGCAGAUGGGUUUCUAUGAUUCCAUACCAUAUUUAUGGCAAAGAAUCAUACGUGGCAGAAGCUAUCGUCAUUUGAUGAAAGAAAUCGGCUAUAAAUAGUCUUGAAAGGAACCUUUCGAAUGAUAUUCCUCUUUCUAGCUUAAACUCGAAAGACUUGUUUAAUUCAGUUUUGUUUCUAAGUUGUAUUUCAUACUCUUCGGACUGGUCUUUGGCUAUGGCUUGCUUUGUUAAGCUUGCUCUGACUCUUUUGCCAGGCUCAAUAGAUGAAGAGGCGUAACAUAGAGAUGGAGUUUCUUUAGACUGACUUUACAAGAUUCUGAUCUUUAACUUUGAAAUAAGAGCUAUUCCGUACUGCUGUAUCCGAAGUGAGAGUUUGGGAAUCACCAGGAUUGAUUUUUUUCCAAAGCAAAGAGGAACAGUGAAUUUGUAAUUGCUAAAAAUUUCUGUCGUAUCUGUUAAUCGUAUAUCUAUUAUGAGUAUCCUUAGAAUAAAUGUAAAUUGUUGUAUACCAGUAAUUACUUAAAUUUACUGAUGUCUAUUUCUUCUUUAAUUAUGUGUAAAUUAACCGUUUAACCUCAGAUUCUGCUGUAUAUGGAGCAUGCUCACUUUCUGUAUUUAACUGGUUACUAUUCUAGGUCUGCAGAAUAUGCAUACAUCAUAGAUGGUAUAUAUUGUAUUUUGAAAUAUUUCAAUGACAGUGAAACUUAUAAA